CACACAAACAAAUUCUAUUUGAAAAAGAAAAAGAUGAAAGAUCUAUUUCAGUGUUUUCUAGCUAAAAUCAUCUUGGUGGCUUUAGCAUCUUCGUUUGUAUCUUGUUACGACCCAUCUCCUCUUCAAGACUACUGUGUUGCCACCAACGAAACUAAUUCAAAUUCAAGCCUACAUUUUUUUUCUUUUCUUGUAGUUUUCGUAAAUGGAAGAUUCUGCAAAGAUCCAAAACUAGUAACAUCCAAUGAUUUCUUUGCUUCUGGACUUAACAUCCCGGGAAACACCAGCAACCGCCUUGGCUUCUUUGUCAACCCCGCAAAUAUCCCUGGUUUCAACACUCUUGGGGUCGCCAUCGCCCGCAUUGACUUUGCCCCUGGUGGUCAAAUCCCACCGCACAUACAUCCACGCGCCUCCGAGAUCCUCCUAGUCAUCAAGGGCAAGCUCCUAGUCGGUUUUGUGUCGUCGAACGAGUACAACUACACACUUUUCUCCAAAAUUCUUUAUCCGGGAGAUGUAUUUGUUUUCCCCAUCGGAUUGGUACAAUUUCAUGCAAACAUAGGGAAGAAAAAUGCGAUUGCGAUUGGGGCGGUUGGGAGCCAAAAUCCUGGUUUCAUCUCGGUAGGUGAUGCAGUUUUCGGGUCGAGGCCUUCGAUUGAUCCAAAGAUUUUGUCUAAAGCUUUUGCGUUGGAUAUCAACAUAGUGAGAUAUCUUCGGACAGUGUUUUCUCCUCAAGAUGAUAUCGUUGAAUAAGAAUAACGAUGAUAAAAUAUAAUUGUGGGUAAAAUAAGUUGAUGGUUGUAUAAUAGAUAAAAUAUCUACUUAAGUGUAAGAAAUACACAGAUCAAAAAUUAAUGUGUGGGAAAUAAAUACGUAAGUGGACGUGUAAUGUAAAUGUACCAGUUUAACGAAUAAUACACAAAUUAAUAUGGGGCUAAAUAAAGAGACUAAUGGGCCUGAUUAAAUGGGCACUAUCCAGUAAAAAUAUGCAAAAGGAAGCACACGAACUUACAUCGUUUUCUGUAAAAUUCGCCGUCGCCGGAAUUCAUGGAUCGACCACCUUCGUUUACACACUAUCAAAAUCCUAAUCCGAAAUUUCUUCCUCCGGACUCCUCCAGCUCAUCUUCAAAAAUCCUAACAAUUACUUCACCCACCGCUCCAUCUCCGCCGCCAAUUCGCUCGCUCUGUCGAAAAAUCUAGCUUUAGAUCACUCUUCUAUUCUCCACAAGGACGAAAAUGGCGGUUUUGUUGAAUAAUGUAGAAGCCAUCAAUCAAAAGGCUCAAUUCGACGGCGGGUGGUGAGCGAUUCGGCCCUAAAUAAGGAAUUGCGCCGUGAUGAGACAAAUGUGGUCAAAAUUUUAAAGAGCUGAUCAGUACUUGGAUCAGAAGAUCUCAAAGCUGAUUCCUCAUAUGUAUUCUUGACUUUGGAUGUGGUGUGUUCGUCGGAGGGAUCGACGAUGAGGACAAGCGAUGCAAAAGAGUCUGAAUAUGGAUGGGACUGCGUUUGAAUCAUUACGGUGUCUCUGUUGAUGUUUCCUGUGAUGUAUCUACAAGUAGGCCUAGUAUUCAAAAAAUGCAAGCUAGGAUCAUCUUUAUGAGACUAGGCCACUCAAUACAGAGAAUAAAUGAAUGCACUUGGACAUGGAAAUGUUACAUCUGAACCACCUACUGCUUCUGCUGCAAUGUCAUCUUCAACUCUUCUCCUACCUUCAUUAGCUAUUAUUUUCCUCGGUUCACUGUGAGUGGUGUCAGUGCAGUCAUCUUGCUUAGCAGUUUGAUUACUCUUGGCUACAUCGACGAGGAUGAAGAAAGGCACAACUUUGAACACAAAGGAGGGUUUCUCUGCCCAUUCGUCCCAUACCUUCCAGUUCUUUGCAUAUUGAUCAACACCUACUUGAUCAUCAACAUUGGAGCUGGGACAUGGAUCAGGGUCUUG